GCUGUUCGUACUUUCCUGGCUUUCCUUCCCCCCCCUCCCCUCCCCCUCUCUUCCCCAGCCCGAGGGGUCUUGAGGUGACAGCGACAGCAACUGCGACUCCAGCAGGAGGAAGAGAAGAUGGACAAGGGGAAGGCCGGGCGACGUCGAUCUUCAUCCGAAAUUGUCACAGAAGGAAAAAGGAAAAAGUCUUCAUCUUCUGAGUUACAUAAGAUAACAAAGAUGUUAAAUGCAAAAUCAGAGGAUGUUCGUGUUCAGUCAUCACUGUCCAAACUCAGAAGCUCAGAACGCUGGGAUCUCCCUUUGCAGGGGUGGAAAAGAAGCCUAAGAAAUAAGGUCCUCUCUCUAGACCAUAAAAGUAGAAAAAGUGUUCGUGGGCGUCCUGUCACCUCUAAGACAUCACCAGAAAGGCAACUCAAAGUUGUGUUGACGAAUGUCCUAUGGACGGAUUUAGGACGAAAAUUCAGAAAGAUCCUACCUAGAAACGAUGCUAAUUUGUGUGAUGCCAACAAGGUGCAAUCAGACUCAUUGCCUUCGACAUCUGUUGACAGCCUAGAGACAUGUCAAAAAUUAGAACCUCUUCACCAAAGCCUUAAUUUAUCUAAAAGGAUACCCAGAGUUAUAUUGACGAAUGUCCUGGGAACGGAGUUAGGAAGAAAAUACAUAAAGACCUCAUCUGUAACUGAGGCCAGUUUGGGUGAUACAGACAACUUGCAAUCAGAGCAGCUUUCUUCAUCAUCUGAUGGCAGCCUAGAGUCUUGUCAAAAUCUAAAUCCUCACAAGAGCUCCUUUUUAUCUGAAAGGGAUUCACAACCAAGUAAGACUGUAGAUAAUAAUUAUGCAAAGCAAGCCUCACACACUAAAGAAAAGCAAAGAGAUGAUGAUGGCAUUUCUCUUGUAAUGUCUGAUGCUCAACCUAAAGACCUCAGUAGUGGAAGUAGAGGUUGUGAUCAUCUUGAAGAGGGAAGCAAAAAUAAGGAUGAUACAUUUUCUGAUUCAAAAAUGGAACCCACUCUGACUUCCAGGAAGAGAAAGAAAAGGCUUAGAAGUAAUUUACCUGAUUCUCAUAAUUCUACUUCUUCUUUGUAUGAGUCAGCAGAACAGAUAAUAAAACAAGAAAAUGACUCCACAGUAUCUGCCGAGUUUAAAAAGUCAAGUGAAAACUAUCAUCAAGACUCAAAAGUGCUUGAGGAAAUUACACCUGAACCUAUAGAAAGUGAUUUUGCUAAACUAUCCUCACUUGAUAGUCAGGAGUUGGCUUUGAGUGCUGCUCCCAAAAGUACCUCUGACUCUUCAGCCACUGAAACUUUUGAGAGCUCUAGUUCCACUGAUUCCAUGGGGAAUUCUACCCUGGUUGAGAAGAAUGAGAGUGAGUUGAAUGUAAUAGAAAAGCCUGCUUUAAGUGAACACAGUGAAGGGAGCCAGUCUUUGGUAUCCGUUGAACCAAUUGUUGUUUCCAGUGAUGAAGAAGGACCUGUUGAACAUAAAAGUUCAGAAAUUCUUAAGUUACAACCUAAGCAAGACCAUGUCAUCACUAAUGACAAUGAGAGUACUUCUGAAGCAGCAUUGUCAGAACCAUUGAUGACAUGUGAAUCUGUACAGGCUUCAUCUGAAUUAUGUCCAUAUAAUCCUGUCAUGGAAAACAUUUCCUGUAUUUUACCUAGUAAUGACAUGGAUCUACAACUGGAUUUUAUAUUUACUUCUGUUUAUAUUGGUAAAAUAAAAGGAGCUUCUAAAGGUUGCGUUACAUUCACGACAAAGUAUGUUAAGAUCCCAUUUCAAGUCUCCCUGAAUGAGGUUUCAUUGCUAGUGGAUACCACACACUUAAAGAGGUUUGGGUUAUGGAAAAAUAAGGAUGAUGAUCACAGUAAAAGGAAUCAAGCUAUCCUUUUCCUUUGGGUCUCUGCAAAUUAUCUUCAAGAGAUUCAGACCCAACUAGAAAACUCCAUAUUAAGCCAGCACUCAAAAUCCAGUGAAUUCAUUUUUCUUGAGCUAUACAAUCCUAUUUCGCAAAGAGAAGAAUUGAAAUUAAAAGAUAUUAUGACAGAAAUAAGUACAACCAGUGGAGAAUUGGAACUUUCUUAUCCAUUGUCUUGGUUUCAGGCACUUCCUUUAUUUCAGAACCUCUCUUCAAAAGAAAGUUCUUUUGUUCAUUAUUAUUGUGCUUCGACUUAUUCUUUUCCCGCUGUUGCUGCUGAAGAAAUGAAGAUGAAAUCAGUGUCUCAGCCUUCAAAUAUGGAUAGAGCCAAGCCUACUUACACCUUCCUACAGAAGCAAACUAGCGGUUGCUACUCACUUUCUAUUACAUCGAAUCCAGAUGAAGAAUGGCGAGAAGUCAGGCACACGGGACCUGUUCAGAAGUUGAUUGUAUAUCCUCCACCACCUACUAAAGGGGGAUUAGGAGUAACUAAUGAAGAUCUGGAAUGCUUAGAAGAAGGAGAGUUUCUUAAUGAUGUAAUCAUUGAUUUCUAUCUUAAAUAUCUUAUAUUGGAGAAGGCAUCAGAUGAACUUGUUGAACGAAGUCACAUUUUUAGUAGCUUUUUCUAUAAAUGCUUGACAAGAAAAGAAAAUAAUUUGACUGAAGAUAAUCCAAAUCUUUCAAUGGCACAGAGGAGACAUAAAAGAGUAAGAACAUGGACUCGUCACAUAAACAUCUUUAACAAAGAUUACAUCUUUGUGCCUGUAAAUGAGUCAUCUCAUUGGUAUCUUGCUGUCAUUUGUUUUCCGUGGUUAGAAGAAGCUGUAUAUGAAGAAAUUCCACAAACUGUAUCCCAGCACUCACAGGCUCAGCCAUCUCAACAUGACAACAAAAUAAUAGAUAAUGAUGUACAUACUACUUCAACACUGUCCUUGGGCACAGAGGAUUCCCAAAGUACCGAGACAAAUAUAUCAGUACCAGUACCAAAGAAAAUGUGUAAAAGGCCAUGCAUUCUCAUACUAGAUUCCUUGAAAGCUGCUUCUAUACAAAACACAGUUCAGAAUUUACGAGAGUAUUUAGAAGUAGAGUGGGAAGUUAAACGAAAAACUCAUCGUGAAUUCAGCAAAACAAACAUGGUGGACCUAUGCCCUAAAGUUCCUAAACAAGAUAAUAGCAGUGAUUGUGGAGUAUAUUUACUGCAGUACGUGGAGAGCUUCUUUAAGGAUCCUAUUGUUAAUUUUGAACUUCCAAUUCAUUUGGAGAAAUGGUUUCCUCGUCAUGUAAUAAAGACCAAACGGGAAGAUAUUCGAGAGCUCAUUUUGAAACUUCAUUUACAGCAACAGAAGGGCAGCAGUAGCUAGUUAAUCUGUACAAACAUGACACAGAUGUCCUAUAAGAUUACUGGAAAGCUGCUUACCAGCAUUUGUGUUAGUCAGCUCACAGAGAAGAAAAUAACUUGUGGUAGUUUUAUAAGUCAUUGAACAUUAUUUAAAAUAAAUAAGAUAUAUUAUUAGAUUGUUGGGAUCUGGUAGAUGUAGUGGAAAAUGGGGGUGAUAUAGAGAAACUUAUUAGAAAUUAAACUUUCAUAAAUAUUUGAUAUUUUUCUGAUCAAAUUUGCUUCUGAUUAUGCAAUAGCAUAUGUAAAUGUGGGAAUGUUUUUGUAGAUAAUAAAACCAAGUGAUCUGUACUUCCAUAUAACUGGGAGUUGAAGGGAGUUAGGUCCUCCCUGGUGCCAGCCCCAGUGCUUGUCACAUUUGUUGACAAGUCACAUUAUAUUGUAAUACUAUUCUUUGCGGCUCAAGCAUGCAAUAUGAAUACUAUGUAUUUUUUUAAAGAAGAAUUUAGUAUUAAGGCUUCAGAAAAUGCCAUUUACGGCAUCCUUUCUGUAUAGUGUAAAAGAAGACAUGAUGUUAGGAAGAUGAUUGAAAUUGACUCAAAGCGCAGCUUAUUUUUCUCAGUUGCUAAAUGGAAUUGUUACUCUGCUGUGAUUGUUACAUGUUUUCUUUUUCUUUUGAUGUCAUAUAUGGGGAUCUGGGAAAUUAGUUCAUUCAUUCAGAAUGAAACUUGGAACAAAAAAAAUUUAGCUACCCAAAAUAGGUUUUUACAAUGACAUACGUAGCUCAACAUAGUUCUUUGAGGUAAUAGCUAUAUCAAUAUUGACUUCUAUCCUAUUCUGAUAUCCUAGAAUAUACGUACACACUUUCUGUAAGUAUCAAAGAUAAAAUUGAUGUCCUCAUAACUUUAAUUAAAGAAUACCCUCAAAAUCUUAUUUAUUAAUUGUUAGAACUAAAUAUAUAAUUUUAUAGCUCUGUUUACCCAGUAUUUAUCUGCAAAGUCAGAUUGCUCGAAUUGCUUUUAUAUUUUUAAAUUGUAGUUUUUAGAGACCUAUGAUCCCUAUGAAGCAUAAGUUUUUAUUAAAUGUUUAGGGAACAGUUUUGAAUUCAUGUGAUGAUGGUGGUAUUAUAUGUGAUUAAACACUUUACAAACUUUUAAUGUUAUCAGGAAAAUUUUGAGGGGAAAAUUAUAUUGUAUUUUCUCAGAUUAAAAAACCAUGUUUUUUAAGAAUAUUAUUUUAAUCUUCUGUUUUAAGUAUCUCUUGGAUUUAUAUUGUUAACUGUAUAUAAGGCAGUGAAGCAAAGGCAAUUUAAGAUGAAGCUAAAAAUUGGAACAUUUUAUUUCAAAAUCAUGUGAAUUUGAAGUUGUCAGUUAAGCCUCAGUAUUUUUGAAUUUUUGUUAAUCUUGUCACCAUCUUUAUAUUGUUAAAGAUAUUUGUCUUUUGGGGAUUUCUCAGAAAGAUGAUUAUAAUUACAUGAUUUUAUUCCCAGUAUGUGUGUGUAUGGGAGGGGAUUUUUUUUAAAUGACUAUUAAUUAUUUUGUACAUCUAACUUUGGGAAAGCAAGUAUGUAAUACAUCUUCAUAUGACUUCUUAACUUUUGUGUUUGUAUGUUUUUCAAAGGUACCACUGUCCUUUAUCAUGUUUUGAAGAUUGUUUAAAAUUCAUUUUCCUAAAUUCAUGUGGAAAUAAUGUGUUGAGAAUAUCAACAUUUUAUAUUAAACAUGUUUCCAAUUCAUCAAA